CUAUAUAAAUUUACAUCAAAUUGAUUUGAGUUUGUAAUGUAAUGUACAGUAGACAUGCUUUUGCUCCUUUCGACUUGUUUGUGCAUAUUAAUUGUUUCAUGCAGUGGAACAAGUGCAGGGAACUGUUCGGACAGACACAAGACUGAAUGUUGUAAAAAUUACAGACUAGUAAAUAAUAUCUGCAUCCCAUGUCAAGAUGGAUGGUAUGGAACCAACUGCUCUACAAUGUGUCCGGAGGGAUUCUUCGGUCCUUUUUGUAACGAGAAGUGUCCCGCAGAUUGUAACGAAACAUGUCACCACGUACACGGAUUGUGUGAUGAACGAACUUGGGGAUAUACGAAGCUUGGUGAUGACGUCACAGUACAAGAUAAUUCUGGUGCCAGAAAAUGGAGAAGUAGCAAUUUCUCAGUAUUCUUCCGAUCACCACAAACCUGGAUAAUCGUUGGAUGUGUAAUUGGGAGCUUUGCACUCGUUUGUAUAGUUGUCGCAGGAAUCAGCAGAUGCCGUGGAAUUAAAGUGAAGAGUUCGUGGAAACCAACAUUUUCAGUUUACAACGAUGGGAAUCAUUCGAACGUAGAUGGACAAUUAUCCUCGAUAUGCUGUGAACCAAACACCUCGAAAUCGAGCCUUCGCCUUCCAUGCAAAGACUGCGUAAUUAACCCGACUGGGAAGGUCAUAGUAAGUGACAUACCUGUAUAUUCACCAGUACCUGAGGAAAGCACGCCAGCUCAAACCUACUCUUGCAUCACAGAUGAAGAAGAUUCUUAUUAUACAAGUCCUUCUCUAACAAGGCGAUUUACGUCAUUCAAACGCAAUGCAGGUGAAAAAAGGCGCAAUAGAAGCCCAUUGGACAUAGACGAAAAAUACAUGAUGAUUAAAACCGGAGGCGAUGUUAAUACCCCAGAGUUCUGUGAUCCAGGACACUCGGCUGAUGUACCUGAUGAAAGCAAUGCAUAUUUUAUUUUAGAAAAGACACAUCCGCAGAAUGACGACAGUGCUUUAACCAAUAUAGAAAAUUUGCCCCCUCCUCGGUUUAGUGUUAUAGGAAAUGGCAUGUAAAUACACACAUUCAGUAACGAAAUAUAAAACUAAAUGUGUUUUCGGGAUAUUCCAAGUACAACUGAUCGUCUUUAUUAGAGCGCUUUUCAUACUGCGGAACUGUCACGGGUAUUUAAAAUAGAUCUAUUUUCUCUAUACACUCCCAUAUGACAUAAAGAAGACACAAGUCGUGACAUCAUCAAGCAAUGAACGCAUGACAUUACGGUACCCUGUCUUAACCUAUUGCGAAGGAUACACGUGUUAACUAGACUUGCGCACUUUCAGGGGCACCAACCCUGUCAUUUUCAGAUAUUUAUCAGAAAAUGUACGAUACUCUCAGCGAACCUUGCAACCAAAUAAAUAUUUUUUCUCAAAUUCA